AUCUGGAGGACAGCACUAAAGCACCUCUGCUUUUCAGGUGUGGUUUAACCAGAAGAGCUUUCACUCCCUGCCCUCCUACCUCAGUCAUCUGGACAACCUCUUUCUGUGGAGACACUUGCCCCUGGGGCAUGGACUGGAGACCUUAUGAUAUGCAACGCUCCUGUGGAUAUAUCUGCUGUCUGGAGUCUUCCCCAGUGCUGACAUGGCCUUCAUCUCCUACGUCUUCCUGAACUUCAUCUUUGGAAUCUGCACCCUGCUGAUGACCAUCAUGCCACGGCUGCUGGCCAUCAUCUCCAAAGCCCAGAAAGUGCCUGGAUGGACAGCUCACUGACAAGAAUCGGUUUUAACACCAAUCGUGAGAUUAUGAGCCAUGUACUUCACAUCUGACCUGUAAAAUGGAAACUCUAUUGGCAUCUACUCCACUACCUGCUGUAAAUAGGGUGUUACUGAUUGCUUGCCUGCUGCAUGCUGAGAAGCCCACUGAGAGCCUGGGUGCUUUGGCCCAAACACCUCUGCCACCUCCCUGGCAUGAAUCAAUGCUAGGAGUAACCUAUCUUGACCCAAGGCAUAGUUCUUGCCUGACGGCCUCUCUUACUGGUAACUUCUGUUUUCUCAGCUACUGAGGAAGUGACUGCUGCCAUACCACUGACCAACAGCCAAUCCUAGGUCAGAGGGUCUGUGAGCCUGGUGGUCAGGGCCCUGCGGGGCCACCCCCUUGAGUCUCCCUGUAGAGGGAGGUUCUCGUGGAGGUGCAGAUUUUGUCGUCAACUCCUGAAGACUUUUGCAGAGUUGAGCGAUGACCAUCGUGGACAGAACUGACUCUUCAGACUCGUCGGACCAUCGGAAUCAGCGCGGCCAUUCUGAGGCAGCCAGCACUGCAGACCUGGGUGCAGGCUCUGCUGACCAGAGCGCUGAGUCUUCAUCACUGAGUGAUGUUUCCAUUCACACACUUUCUUUACGACCGGUACUGGGUGCUGUUUAUUCAGAGUCGACUGUUGCUGGUGAUGGCAUUCCUCUACCACAGAAAAUUCUUUUUCCGCCAGAGAAGAUUUGUCUUAAGUGGCAGCAAAGUCACAGAGUUGGCGCUGGGCUGCAGAAUCUGGGUAACACCUGUUUUGUCAAUGCGGCCCUGCAGUGUUUGACGUACACGCCACCUCUCGCCAAUUACAUGUUAUCACGUGAACACACCAAGACAUGCCAUGCAGGAGAAUUUUGUGUGAUGUGUAUAAUGCAGACACAUAUUAUCCAGGCACUCAGUCAUCCUGGGGAUGCUAUUAAGCCCAUCGCUGUGAUCAGUGAACUGCAGGGUAUAGCUAGUCACUUCCAAUUUGGAAACCAAGAAGAUGCUCACGAAUUUCUUCAGUACACUCUUGAUGCUAUGCAGGAAGCAUGCUUACAGGGCAGCUAUGAAUUAGAUAGACACACUCAGGCCACCACCCUCAUUUAUCAGAUAUUUGGAGGCUAUCUAAGAUCAAGAGUGAAAUGUUUAAAUUGCAGAGGCGUUUCAGACACUUUUGAUCUGUAUCUUGAUGUUACAUUGGAGAUACAGGAUGUCUGCAGUGUUAACGAGGCAUUGGCUCAGUUUGUGAAGCCAGAACAGCUAGAAGGAGAGAACUGCUACAAGUGUAGCAAGUGUAACAGUAUGGUUCCAGCUUCAAAGAGCCUUUCUAUACACAGACCAUCUAAUGUUCUCACACUGUCUCUGAAACGCUUCUCUAAUUGUACCGGUAGUAAAAUUGCCAAGAUUGUGAAAUACCCAGAACAUCUCAACAUUAGAGCAUACAUGUCUCAGCCUAGUGGAGAAGCCAUGCAAUAUUCAUUGUAUGCAGUGCUGGUCCACAGCGGAUCUAAGUGCUGUGUGGGCCACUACUUCUCUUACGUAAAAGCAAGCAAUGGCCUGUGGUACCAGAUGAAUGACUUCAUGGUAUCACCCAGUGAUAUUUCAUCUGUGCUGAGUCAGCAAGCCUAUAUACUCUUUUAUAUCAGGACCUAUGAUGUGAAGCACGGAGGUGAGGUUACUGCUCAUUUCCCCUGCCACCCCUGUCAGUUCUCUUCACACCCGGACACCCAUCAGUGUACCUCGACCAAAGAGCAGGCUGCACCAGGGUUUAAUGGACCACAGCUGCCAUCUCACAUGACACGGAAUCUGCCUUACUGGAACAGGAUCAGGGCACCAAUAGACACAUCAAGUAGUUCCACGUGGAGUCCUGGUGGAAAUCCCAAGGUGAACAGGCCUAGGCCUGUUCAAGCUUCUACUUCUGUUCCAAACCGUGUUCCUGGAAUGGAGCAAAGUCUGUUUGGGGACCUGACUGCAGAGUUUGAGGCUGUCAGUGUUUCUGCUGGUUCCCAUGAUGAAGUGGACCCGAUUGCAAGUCUGUGUGAAAUGUUUAAGAAACUUUUGCUGACCCCGGAAAUCAGCCUCAAAUCCAUGAGAGAUGUGAUGUCAGAAACCAGCUCAGCCAUAACUGAUGUGUCUUUGCCCUUUGUAAACAAACUUUGCAACAAGAACCAGACAAGCACAGGUGCAGACCCAGUUUAUGAGCCCUGUGAUGCUGGGAAGGUAACACAGGACUGCAGCAAGGCAAACGGGUUGUUACCUGAGAGCCUGCAGCACUCUGGACUAGCCGGGACAGUGGAGCAGCUGAGCCUGGCUCCCUUCACACAGUCAGAAGGCAGAUGUGAGCCCGGGCCCUUGGUUUCCCUCAGGGGAGAGCAGUGUGGUGACACAGGGGCUCAGACCCAGAAUACAGGAGAAUGUGCCAAUGCACUGCCUUCUACUCAGCCACAGAGUACCCCAGGAACCCAUCCUGAAGGGGACCCUGCGCACAGCCAUGUCAAGGGGUGCAGUCAAGUUCAGGUUGUGCAGAAGGUUCCUGACCACCGUACACAAAAAAUAAGCAGCCGUACGCGAUGUGACCAUGAAGGUUACCAUAAUCGUCAUGACUGUUCCUCGACUUGGGAAGAUGUAAAGAAAAGCAGAGGUAGAAGCCGGAGCCGGAGGCGGAGCGGGAGCGGGAGCGGGAGCGGGAGCGGGAGCAGGAGCAGGAGCAGGAGCAGGAGCAGGAGCAGGAGCAGGAGCAGGAGCAGAACUGAGGGUAACUGUGACAUAAAGUGGCUCUGCUACGCGAGAAAGCACAACAAGCUGGAGUGCCAUGCUGUGCAACACUGCAGUGCCAACCAGGACCCUCUGUGUUGUGGAGACAGAGUCAGUCCCGGGAAGCCCUGUGUUCUGAGCAGAUACAGCUCCCACCACUCCCAAACCUGGAGUGGGGCUCAGCAGGACUGGAGCCCAUACCGCCCCUCUGGCAGGGAGCAUCACAUGCUUCCAGAGAAGUCUUACCCCAAGAAAAUGUGGUGGGACCAGUGCAGAUACCUCAACAGGUACACUCCAUACGAAGCCAGGGAGCGCAGUGUGAAACGGUCACACAAGGAUUCUUCCCAGGCCAGGAAGGGCCAGGAGCUGCCUGCCCUGCUGUGGGAGUGGACCGGCUUCCACAGCCCACACACUGGUGCUUCACCGCCUUGCCCUCUGCACCCUGAGUGCUACCCUCAGGAGAAAGCUGCCUUCAGGGCUGACCACAGUGGCUGCAGCCUGUCGCACCGGAUUCGUGGACAUGAAACCAUGAGGUCACGCAAGCGCAGGUACCAGAGUGCAGAAAGUACCUGUAACGGGGGUAGCACACCAAAGAAAGCCCGCAGGAGCCUACCGAGAGACCUGGAGGAGCCUAACAAAUCUAAAGCCAAACACCAUGAGCGGGAGCACAGGUGUCUGCUGGACACAGACCUCCCAGUAGUGCAGUCAGACACUCAGCCCUGCAGAUACCAAAAGAAGAGGCACUCGGAGAACUUUGGAACAGAACCAGGACUUCACUCACCCAAGACCACAAGCUGUGAGACUGUGGAUGAUGUCUGGAGACCUCAGGGUAGCUCCCUGCUUGCUGAUGGCCUGCCUGUGGAGGGCUUUGGAAUUUUUCAAAUGGAAAAGAAACCCUUAAAGCUGGACAGCAGGACUGACUGGUGCCAGUAUGGCCAGGGUGAUUGACAACUUGGUCUUGGAACAAAUAAUAAUCACUAGCUCAGGUAAGUGCUUCCCCUGUACAUUUUCUUCUUCAUAGAAGCACUGGGAAGGGACAGAGAAGGCAUCACAUUUCUGAGGAAAGUCAAGGGUCAUGGAGUGGUGAGCUAUGGAACCAGCAGCAAUGAUGGGGACCUCUGAAUUCUAAGCAAGCCCUGGAGGGUGGGACCUCUUCUCCCUGGCUAGGGAAGGGGAGGCGCUGCUUCCUCCCACCUUCCUCCGUGGAAGAAACCCACAGGGAACCCCCAUCAGAAUCAGCCACCAUGAGAUAAGCAUCUGGGAUGAGAAGCCCUUGUCCCCUCCCCAGAAAGCAGAGUCCAUCACAAGAGCUCAGCACCUAGGCCCGGUGGGUGGUCAGGCCGAGGCUGGGUCAUACCCCUCACUUGACACUGCCAUCUUGUUGGGAUGAGGUCCAGGGACUAGUGCAGAGCCUUCAUUUUAUGGAGGCUAUGUCUGAGUCUCUGGUGUUCUGUACUCCUGGGAGGUGGGGACUCCUGUUCCAUGUUAUCCACUGGUGGAAGCAAAGGGAGAGGUGAACCAUUUAACUCCUGAAAGGAAACUGUCUUUAUGGUACUCAUAACCAAUCAGCAAGGAUGAUUUUAAAUGAACUUCGAGGUGAACUAUCGAAAGAUGAUCAGUGUGCAGUUAACACUCUUUACUUGUGUGUCCUCAAGGGAAAGCCUUAAGUCUGAGGACUGAAAGUCUUCUGGAGUGAAAGAGGAUCUAAGGAUUGGGAAGGACUGGCCACAGCUGGGUUCCAGGCUAUGCAGGUGCAGUGUGGCCCAGCAGGUGGCGCCUCCCUGGCCAGGCCCCCAAGAGCUCCUCUGCAGCUGCCUGGCUUCCAUGGGUUCCUCUACUGCCUUUCAGAAAGGCAGCAAUGGCUUCAGUUGAAAAGAGCUUCCUGAAGAGCAAGGGGACCUGAGGACUGGGGGGGGACAGAAAGGGGAACCUGGAUCUGGGGGGACCCUCCUUUUGACUAAUGCCUGUGCCUCCUGUCUUUCAGAUUCAACAUGUUCCACAGCAGUCAUCCCAACUCGGUUACAGUAUUAACAUAAAUUUGUUCAAAUCUGGGUGAUGCCUCCUUAGUAAAUGCUGUACAUAUUUUGCCAUGAUUCUUUGGGUUUUUAUCUUUUCUUAAUUGUCCCUAUUCCAAAAGGAUGAACACUUUCUGCACCUGUGGACAUUGUAAAAUGCUGUGUAUAUAAAUCACAAUGAAAAUAACACCCAGCCACAGCACAUCUCACGUGCUGCUGAACUGCACCAUUACACACUCAGGCUGAGGACUCAUAUUUAUGUAGUGUUCCUCCAAGUUAGACACGUGAUUGUGCAAGACCAACUGGGAAACCAUGGAAUUAUUAAAAGGACAAACUGACAGCACAGGGAUUUCAUUUAAAGACUUACUUAAAAAUUUACAAGCUUUCAACUCGACCUUUGAUGGCAGGCUGUUAUCUGUGGUGUCUGACACUAAGAAAAUUAAUUUGCUUCCUAGUUUAAUUGUAUUCAGGUGUGAAAAGGUGUUUCACAGGCAAGAUUUGCUUUGGAACUUUGCGGAACUAUUCCAAACAACUUAGCAGCUAUGCUGAGUAUUCAUACUAUUAAUUUAAAGUCCAAAUACUUGUGAAGAUUACAGUAUGUUCUUUAUGAUAUAACCCUUUCUUAUACUGGGUCUUGUCACCUGUAGGAUCCUGGAGUCAGUUGUCAGCCUGGUCCUAAGAGUUCUAGUUAUGGACAAAAUCAUGCUGUGAUGUUAUUUUUCAUAUGGCUAUGCUAUAAUAUUGGAGCAGGGAGCAUGGUAUUUAGUAGUGUCUGUGUAAGUAAUUGCAUGGCUUAGACAGUUUGUGCGGUUCAGCGAUUCCUAGUUUGGUCUUUGUUCUCUUAAAGAUGGAAAAGCACUUGCUCCACUGUCAAUAUGCAGCAGGUGGAAUUGACAUAGUCCAUAAACGGCAGCAAAGCAGUCAGUUUGUGGCAUUUGUCAGCUUUGUCCCCACUCACUUGCACCUGCAUCUUCUGUCUUCUCGUUCACUAUACUGAAAAGCUGCACAGUUCUGCCAGACUCUCCAGGGGGGCCUCAGACCUCAGCGAAGGAUCCAGGGCCACCAGGCCGUGCUGUGCUGGGCCCAGCACAUCUCUAUUUUAAGGAAGCAAGCCUUAGACAGCCUUACUUUAAAAACACAUGUGGUUUUGAUUUAGUGAAGGCAAUAUUGCAAGCUUUAACAGCCAUAUACAUUUCACUUGCUUUGCUCACUUUACAGAAAAUUAUUGGUAGAUAUUUUAUUAUCGAGAAAAUACUCACGUAAGUGGUAGGAGGUAUGUACAGUGAAUAGCGAAACACUCAAAUCAAUCUAUCUUAUGUACAUAUUGCUUAUAUUUCGGUUAAUAGAGACAUUUUCUGGGGAAAAAUAAGAAAAUAAAAAUAAGAAAACUGGACUCUGAUCUAUAAUAGCUGCAGAGCAUCUGUGUAGAUGGGUGCAUUUUUAAUCUUAAAAACAAGCACUGCUUUAUAUGAGGCAUUAGAUGCUGCUUUAUUUACAAAAGUUUUAAUUUGAGUUCAUUUAGUGUCCCAUUAAACCACCUGAACUGUUUCAGGAACCUGGAGAUAUGGGGCCUCGUGUGCCCAUAGGGUCGGGCCAAAUAAACCUCAAAUGGUACCCAGGACCCAGGAAGACAGCUCGUCUGGUGGUGCUCUUUGUGGAGCUGCCAUCUCUGGGCCCAGGUUCCUGCUCAGAACUGCCUGCCACCCUUUGUCUCUGGAGGAAGCUUGGUUUCUGGCCAGACAUGGGACCAAUAAUGCAAGACAAAGUUUAGACCCUCAAGUGGGGAGGCGAUGAGCACAACUGAGCCUCACUGUCUGCUCACUGAAGGGAGGCUCUUCCCACUUCUAGGUUGCCUGGUAUAGGUCAGGUACACAGCAGGAUGUCAGAUGCCUUCAGUGUUAAUACUGUCACAGAAAUCCUGGAGCUAAGCGAUGUCAAGCAAGGCUCUUGAUAGGGCAAGUUACUGAAGAUGCUGAGCCCCAGGGCCUUCUGCCUGAUCCUGGGUGAGCAGCCAUCUGGCAUAGAUGCAUAGAGGUGACCGUGGUGAUAAAAGAUUCACCAACAAGACUCCAUGCUCAUUUCUCUCAACACCUUCAACAGAAAGGCCCACAUGCUCCGGGAGGGUGCCCUGGGAUAGAUUUCUAGUACUGCAAGAGAAAACAUAAAAACACCUCCAAAUCAGUACUGCCCAUCUGCAGAGAACUUGGGGAGGUUUAAAAGCAGUUGCCAGAUAAGAGGAGCUACAGGGCCACCAUGAGGAGGCUCAGAAGCUCAGUCCCACAGCCUCACUCUUCUGUCCUCAUGGGGUCAAGGGUGAGCCUCUGGCUAAUGCAAGAAGACAGAGGACAGAGGGGUCCUCAGAACCAGCAGAGAGACUCGAUUUCUUUACACUCAGUAAUUCAGGGAAGAGAUUUACCAACUGCUUGUCUUUUCUGUGACUGCAGCCAACAGCUCAGCAAGCCCCACUUCUGCAAGGAUCCCAGUACUUUUGUCCCCACUGACACAGUCUCCUGGAUCCCACCAGUGAUUUCUGGAGCUUGAUGACAUCCCACAGCGCUUACAGUGCAUGUGAGGCCACAUCAGCAUCACAGAACUGCACUUGGAGGAAGGCCAGCAGCAGUAAGAUACAUCUGGGGCCUGCCUCACCUCAGGCCCAAGCCAGUGGCUGCUCCUGCCUCAGGGACCAGGUCCCAGUGAGCAGAUGCUGCUGCCAUUGGCCCCUCCCUGUGAGGUGUCCCACUGACCACCCUCCCUAAAGUUGCAACCCCCACCCUCUGUGCUUUCCUGGGCUGCAAGGCAUCCUCCACCUCCUGUUUUCUCUCUACCUGGAGGGUGGAGGGCAUGGACCAUGACUUUGCUCUCCUCUGCAGGUGCCAUGGCCAGUCCUUCACUCAGUGAUGUUCCAAGCUGUGGUGACCUGAGACCUGCUUUCAAGCACCAAAUGUGAAAAUAUGAAUCAGGUCCCCAUGGUGCCUACACGUCCAGGCCCUCAGCCACAUUCUUUGAGUCUCUAUGGUGAGAACAGAUCUGCUCCGCUCUUUUGCAUUUGAUACUUGGGGUGAGUAUUAUAAGACAAUCCUAUAAAUUAUGUGUCCUGCAUUGUUUCCCCUGCAAACGGUGACUACCAUAGACAGGAAGUAUCAGAAAGGCAAGUCAGACUCAGUUUCCAUGGACAGAAACGCAGUGUGAUGAUCUCACUGGUUUGGACUCAGCCAAAGUAUCAGAGAGACAGAAAACUGCACGGUCUGAUUGUCCAAUACCAUUCUCCCAUCCAAGGACUAACCAGGCCCGACCCUGCUUAGCUUCUGAGAUCAGAGGAGAUCAGACGUGUUCAUCUUGGUAUGGCCAUAGACUCCAAUACCAUUCUACACUUUACCCAUCCAAAGAAAAGUACAUAUGUGUCUUCUGGUGAUGUACCAGUUUAAAGACAAAUAAGUGGGUUACUGAACAAAUUAUUACAAGUGAUUGUUUCAUAUAAGGCUUCACCAGCCUGACAGUGCAACAGGAUGGUAAACCUUGCUGUCCUGAAAACUGCAGAGCAAGAGAGGGGUAUGGUAAUGAAGCAAAGACACCAGGGGGGCCCCCAUGAGCAGAGGCAGCGCUGUUACUGCUCCCUGGCCUGGUCUAUGACUGGCACCAAAGAUCAGGAAGCUGGCCUUACUGAAAAACCAGCAGCUCAAGAGCAGGCAGUGCCUCCGGUUUUCUCUGGAGGGGCCACAGCUUUAAGAGGUUCUUGCAGUCCUCUCACCUGCUAUUUCCAUCCCUCCUAUGUGUUCUAUAAUCUCUGUGGCUACAAAGUUGGUGGCUGUGCCCUGAGAAGCCAAACGUCUAAUAGGCCCAAGGGAGGGUUUGCUCUGGACACUCAGGACCUAUCUUUGCAAGUCAGUACACUUCAGACCUCAAGGAACAUGGGUACAUCCUGUGACAUGACUCAGGAGGACUUAAGAAAGCCGGUCAGGCUUGGAACAAGGAAAUUUCUGUGCUUGCAGGUGCGGAACAGAGAAGUGGCCGCUGGGGAGGCUGAGUUUCCUUUGAAGGAGACUGGGGCUGCAGCCAUGAGAAACUGGGACCCACUGUUCAAGUUCACAUCCGAGACGCGGAGGUGAAAUGCAGUCAGAAGCUUGAGAGGACGAGGGCACCUAUGACUGUGAGACUGCACCUCAGAAGGGAGAGAGGCCAGAACAGAAGGGGAGCACACAGGAGCAGCCUGCUCUGAGCAUGGUGACAAGUGUCCUCAGAACUGAGACGUUCAUGUGAAGGGGGGCAAAGCUUGGAGUGAUGUGCCCAUGAGCCAGGGACAGGCCUGCAAGGCAUUGUCCCUUGGUGCAGAAAGGCUUCUGGCCUGCUGAACUGCAGGAGAAUAAAGUUUUGUAUUUUAAGGCA